ACGGUCUCUAUGUGAUAGGCGUAAAAACCAGCACUUAUCAAAACAUAACAUCAAGAUUUAUAAAAAUUAAAUCAUAACUUGAAGAUAGAUACUUUGAAGCCUUUAGUAAGAAACCAUGGAUCAUCCUACCUCCCCCAAGCCUCGUCCUAAGGGUGUCUUAAAGACGCUAUCGGUCGACGUCAAGCUACCAUCCCCCAGUAGAGUCACGUUCGACAGCGUCGCCCACGACAUCCAGACGGGAGACGAGGUGCCGCCGAGCCCGCGAACCCGCGAUGAGUUCUACUUCUCGGUGAUGAUUCGCAGGAGGAGGGCCAGGCUGGAGGAGGCCAAGGAGGUCAGGGCGAAGGCCGAGACGAAAAAGGCUUUUAAGAAAGUUGCGGAGGCGGCGGCGGCGGCUGCGGUGGCGGCGGCAGAGGAGCGGAGACGGGUCGAGGAAAUGAGGAGUAAGAUUGCCGAGAUGGAGCGCGCGGUUAAUGAAGCCUAUGCUAAGGCUAAGAAGAACGGUAAGAUGGUGGGAUUCGGCUUGAAUGAGAGGUGGUAUUCGAAUAUGAUCCUGUGCAUGCAGGCUGUCUAUUGCUAGGGGCUGCGGAUAUCCUAUCAGGGGUAAGUCACUGCUAGUAUUUUCCUUGGUCGUCCACUGCGUUGUUUUGCCAUGUAGAACAAUGUUCUCUGUUGUGCUUAGAAUCUUAUUUUAGAUACCUAGCUAUUAGUUAUGAGCU